UAAAAUGUCCACUGAGGCUCAAAGAGUUGAUGACAGUCCAAGCACUAGUGGAGGAAGUUCUGAUGGAGAUCAACGUGAAAGUGUUCAGCAAGAACCAGAAAGAGAACAAGUGCAGCCCAAGAAAAAGGAGGGAAAAAUAUCCAGCAAGACAGCUGCUAAAUUGUCAACUAGUGCUAAAAGAAUUCAGAAAGAACUUGCAGAAAUUACGUUGGACCCUCCUCCCAACUGUAGUGCUGGACCUAAAGGAGACAACAUUUAUGAAUGGAGGUCAACUAUAUUGGGACCCCCAGGAUCUGUCUAUGAAGGAGGGGUGUUCUUUCUUGACAUUACCUUUUCACCAGACUAUCCAUUUAAACCUCCAAAGGUUACCUUCCGAACAAGAAUCUAUCACUGUAAUAUUAACAGCCAAGGUGUGAUCUGCCUGGACAUCCUGAAGGACAACUGGAGCCCGGCCCUAACCAUCUCUAAGGUCCUCCUCUCCAUCUGCUCACUGCUUACAGACUGCAACCCUGCCGACCCUCUGGUGGGCAGCAUUGCCACACAGUACAUGACCAACAGAGCGGAGCACGACCGGAUGGCCAGACAGUGGACCAAGCGGUACGCCACAUAGGGGCCUGCUCACUGAGCCCCGCCGGCCCUGUGCAAGCACACUCACCAAGUGCAUCAGUAUCCCUGCCCACCCCUCCACACCUCCGUUCUUGUUUUCCUAUUUUUAUUAAAUUUUGAACUGUUUUGAGAUGGUAUGUUGUUUCCUUCCUCUCCUCCCUCUUUUUCCCCUUUUCUCUCUCCCUCCUUCUUUUCGCCCUAGUUUUCUUCCCUUUUUGAUUUCUGUUAACUUGAAAGAUUUGAGAUAUUUUUCCCCAUCUCAGUGUGGAUGGGAACCUUUGUUUUCAGUGCAAACAAUGUUGAAUCUGUAAUAGUAAGAGCUUUCUUACAAAGCUUUGUAUUACUGUGUGUCAUUUUGGUUUUUGUUGUUUGUUUUAUUUUGAUUGUUUUCUUUUACGUGAUCUUUGGGAAAACACAUUCAAAAUUAUAUCUCGUUUCUACUUAAAUGUAGUGCUUAGGGUUAAUUUUUUGUACUGAAGUCUUUAUCGGUGGGUGCAUGCUACUGGGAACAAGUUUUUGUACAAAAGCUUCAAUCAGAAUCACUGUGCAUUACUGAGACCCUGUUUAUCACUAGCCUUCUGUCCCCAUGCAGAAGACUGUUGGAUUGAACAAAAUAAUAUGUAUUUUGAUUUACUUAAAGUGCUUGUAAAUUUCUUAGGGACCUGCCACUUUGGACUGUGGAUCGGUUGAUGUGCACUUGUAUUAUUAAAGCACUCAAUAAAUCACUGUGGCUGAUAAAUGCA